GUGAUAAUACAUGUAUAACCCAGAUUGAAUUGCUUGACAUCUCCGGGUGGGGGUGGGGGAUGGGAAGAAAAGCAGGAGACAAUAUGGAAAACUCGUGGAAAUUUGUAAAAUAAAAACUUUUAAAUGCAUGCAGGACAUACUUUAUAUUGAUCAUUUAUCAUUCAUUAUUUGCAUUUUCUUCCUCUCUUUCUUAAGUCUAGACAAUCAACAAAACAAUAAAUCAAACUGAUUUUCUAUACGUAAAUACUGAAAAUUUAACAGUAGCUCGAGCUUUCUCCAGCCUAUAUCCCCCAAUACCCGGGACAGCUUUUUCUAGGCUACCACUUCUCGGCCUCGAAAUUUUAAGAACCUGCAGUCCGACCGCGGCCUACAAGUCCCAGGGUGCUUCGCGAGGCAGCGUUCCAUGUAUCGCGUCCCCCCUCUCUCCCUCAGGCAGGGUGAAUAAAGGUUCCGUUGUGGGUGCACUGCGGGCUGGUUUGUUAUCGUCUGCGGGUGACGGAGGCCCGGGGGUGGGGGGCGGCGUGGUACCGGUGGGCGGGAGGGCGGACUGGGGCGUAGCGAGGCUGGGGCUCCCUCUUCUCUCCACAUUGGGGGGCGGGCCGAAGAGAGGCGGGAGGCCGGGCAGGCCGGAGGCCUGGGGCCGAGCAGCAAAGACGGAGUGGUCGGAGGAGAUGGAGGGCGGCUGUGACGGGGGUGGGGCGGCACCGCGCGGGAGCGGCCACUCCUCGGGCCCCGGCCCCGGCGGCGGGAUCGGGCUGGCCCGGGAGCUGGGUCGGGCCUUCGCCCACCACCGCCUCUACUUGAAGCGGCUGCAGCAGAACCUGAGCGAAACCCAGAAGUUCUUUUCCGACAUCCAGUGCUCCUACGACCGCAGCUUUCCCUCUUCACCCCAGAUCCCCGGCGGCUGCGGCCUCGAGCAGGGCCUGGGGGCCGACGGCGAUGUCUCCGAGGCCGUACUGCGCGCUGGCCACCUGAGCUGCAUUUCCUUCCCACCCCAUGAAGAAGAGUACCUCCAGUUGAUGGUGAAUUGCUUUCCUUGUAUCUUCAUCCUCGGCCAGGACUGUAAUGCAAAGUGCCAGCUACUGAACAUGCUACUGGGGGAGCAGAUACUGCCUACCACCAAGCGGGGCAGUGAGGACAGCUGUAAGCGGCGGCGCCUCCACUUCACUAAUGGGAAGCAAACUCGGGUCAGCCUGGCGCUGCCUGGCCAGUAUGAACUAGUGCACACUCUGGCCUCUCACCAGGGCAAGUGGGAAACCAUUCCUGAGGAGGACCUGGAGGUCCAUGAGGACAGUGAGGACCCUGCCCACAUCUUGGCAGAACUGGAAGUGACGAUGCACCAUGUUUUACUACAGGAAGUGGACAUUGUGGUUGUGCCGUGCCGUGGGUUCCAGCCCCUAGUGGAUACUCUAGGUGAGUUAGUGAAUGGUGUCCUGCCUGUGGUGAUCUUUGCAAUCAACAAUGAUGAACUCUCUGAGGCAGAUGAAGAAGAACUGAGAGAUAUCCGGGAACGGCUUUCUCUGCCUAUAUUCUUUUUCAAAGUACCAAAGUUGGGCUCCAAGCUGAUUUCUCCCCACCCUUCCUCCAAGAAAAGAAUGGAAACUGCAAGAACAUCACUUCACCGACAGCUAGUUGAUCUGAAUUACCUGAGUGAUUGUCACCAUAACUGUGGGACCUCUGGCCUGGAUGCCAAAGCUCAGAGCAUGUUGGUGGAGCAGAGUGAUAAGCUGAGACAAUUACACACAUUCACUCAACAGGUGCUACAGAUGCACCUUGUAGAUGCAGCCACAAUUCUCAACCUGGUGCACUGCCGGUGCCUGGAUAUCUUUAUCAACCAGGCCUUUGACAUGCAGCGGGACCUACAGAUCACUCCAAAGCGGCUUGAGUACACUCGAAAGAAGGAAAAUGAGCUGUAUGAGUCACUGAUGAACAUUGCCAACCGCAAGCAGGAAGAGAUGAAGGAUAUGAUUGUGGAGACUCUCAACAUCAUGAAGGAAGAACUUCUGGAUGAUGCUGCCAACAUGGAGUUCAAAGAUGUCAUCAUCCCUGAGAAUGGGGAGCCAGUGGGCACCAGAGAGAUCAAGUGUUGCAUCCGUCAGAUCCAGGAACUUAUUAUCUCCCAACUUAACCAGGCUGUGGCCAAUAAGCUGAUCAGCUCAGUGGACUAUCUUCGUGAGAGCUUUGUGGGAACCCUGGAACGGUGUCUGCAAAGUCUGGAAAAGUCCCAAGAUGUUUCAGUCCACAUCACUAGUAACUAUCUCAAACAGAUCUUAAAUGCUGCCUAUCAUGUUGAAGUUACAUUUCACUCAGGGUCAACAGUAACCAGGAUGCUGUGGGAGCAGAUCAAACAGAUUAUCCAGCGAAUCACAUGGGUAAGUCCACCUGCUGUUACUCCAGAAUGGAAGAGGAAAGUGGCCCAGGAUGCCAUUGAGAGUCUCAGUGCUUCCAAACUGGCCAAGAGCAUUUGCAGCCAGUUCCGGACCCGACUUAAUAGCUCUCACGAGGCAUUUGCAGCUUCUCUGCGACAGUUGGAAGCUGGACAUUCAGGCCGGCUGGAGAAAACUGAAGACCUUUGGCUAAAGGUUCGGAAAGAUCAUGCCCCACGCCUGGCCCGCCUUUCCCUGGAGAGCCGCUCUCUGCAAGAUGUCUUGGUGCACCGUAAACCUAAACUGGGUCAGGAGCUAGGCCGGGGACAGUAUGGUGUGGUGUACCUGUGUGACAAUUGGGGAGGCCAUUUCCCCUGUGCCCUGAAGUCAGUUGUUCCUCCAGAUGAGAAGCACUGGAAUGAUUUGGCAUUGGAGUUUCACUAUAUGAGGUCUCUGCCCAAGCAUGAGCGUCUGGUGGAUCUUCAUGGUUCCGUCAUCGACUACAACUACGGCGGUGGCUCCAGUAUUGCAGUGCUGCUCAUCAUGGAGCGGCUACACCGGGACCUUUACACAGGGCUGAAGGCUGGGCUGAUUCUGAAGCUUCGCCUGCAGAUAGCCCUGGAUGUGGUGGAGGGAAUCCGCUUUCUGCAUAGCCAGGGGCUUGUCCACCGUGAUAUCAAACUAAAAAAUGUGCUGCUUGACAAGCAGAACCGAGCCAAGAUCACUGACCUGGGCUUUUGCAAACCUGAGGCCAUGAUGUCUGGUAGCAUUGUGGGUACCCCAAUCCAUAUGGCCCCAGAGCUCUUCACAGGGAAAUAUGAUAAUUCUGUGGAUGUCUAUGCUUUUGGAAUCCUCUUCUGGUACAUCUGCUCGGGUUCUGUAAAGCUCCCUGAAGCAUUCGAAAGGUGUGCCAGCAAGGACCACCUCUGGAACAAUGUGCGGAGAGGAGCCCGUCCAGAGCGACUCCCAGUGUUUGAUGAAGAAUGCUGGCAGCUGAUGGAAGCUUGUUGGGAUGGUGAUCCUUCCCGGAGGCCUCUCUUAGGCAUUGUUCAGCCCAUGCUCCAGGGUAUCAUGGACCGGCUGUGCAAGUCAAACUCUGAGCAACCAAACAAAGGACUAGAUGAUUCUACUUGA